AGGGGCGGGGCCGCCGCUAUAAAGCUGGGAGCCGGCGGCGCUCUCCCAGCGGCAAACUUGCCGUGUUCUGUAUCCGCCUUCUCGGCAGCACAGCGCUUCCCGGCUGUUCUGCCCGUCCCGCCCGUCCUGCGCUGCGGGAAGAGACCCGCGGCUUCGCUGCUGCUCCGCGGCUGCUGCUGCUUCCCUGCAGCAGCCUCCGCCCCAGCGGGGCGCGGAGGCCAUGUUCCCGCUGGACUCCACCUGGAAUAUCUCCUUCGCCGGCUGCGGCUUCCUGGGGGUGUACCACGUCGGCGUAGCCAGCUGCCUGCAGGAACAUGCCCCGUUCCUGGUCGCCAACGCCAAGAAGGUGUACGGCGCCUCGGCCGGGGCGCUCACCGCCACCGCCCUCGUCAGCGGCGCCUGCCUCGGUGAAGCUGGUGCCAGCAUUAUUCGGGUGUCAAAAGAAGCCCGGAAGAGGUUCUUGGGCCCUCUCCACCCCUCUUUCAACUUGGUGAAAACCAUUCGGAUGUCCCUGUCCAAGGUGGUGCCAGAGAAUGGGCAUGAGGUUGCAGCAGGACGUUUGGGUAUUUCCCUGACACGGGUCUCUGAUGGAGAAAAUGUGAUACUGUCAGACUUCAAUUCCAAGGAGGAACUGAUCCAGGCCUGUAUCUGCAGCACCUUUAUCCCUGUCUACUGUGGGCUGAUACCUCCAACCUUGCGUGGAGUGAGAUAUGUUGAUGGAGGGAUUUCUGACAAUUUGCCUCAAUAUGAGCUGAAGAACACAAUCACGGUGUCUCCGUUCUCGGGAGAGAGCGAUAUCUGCCCACGGGACAGUUCCACAAAUAUGCAUGAGCUGAGAGUCACCAAUACAAGCAUCCAGUUCAACCUUCGCAACCUCUACCGCCUCUCAAAGGCCCUGUUUCCUCCGGAGCCACAGGUGCUGCGGGAUAUGUGCAAGCAGGGCUAUCGAGAUGCACUGCACUUCCUGAAGAAGAAUGGUCUCCUUCAUCCUCCAAGUCCUGCCCGUCCUCUCCUUGCCAUAGAAGCACCUCCAGGAGACAAGAAAGAGGAAGAAACAGAAGCUGAGGACCAACUAGAGGACAACACUGCCCUUGCUGUUGUUGAAGAGCAUAUCUUUGAACACUUGCCUCCCAGACUGAACCAAGCUCUCCUGGAGGCUUGUGCUGAAAGAAGAAGUUUCUUGACUGGCCUGAGCAACAUGCUGCCUGUGCGUGUGGCCACGGCCAUGAUGGUCCCCUACAUGCUGCCUCUGGAGUCUGCAGUUUCCUUCACUGUCAGGUUGCUCGAAUGGCUCCCAGAUAUCCCUGAAGAUAUAAGAUGGAUGAGGGAGCAGAUGACAGAAAUCUGCAACUAUCUUGUGAAGAAAGCCAAGAAGAAACUAGGCAGCCAUCUUUCAGCCAGGCUUUACUACCACCUCGAGCUGGGAGGGCCCCAGAAGCUGCCGAUUUCUCCCGCGGCACCCUGUGGUGAAGCACUGCCCAUGUGGAUGAGGAGCAACCGCUCCGUUUCUGAUGUCAUGAUGAAGUGGGAGGAGUACCAGCGCCAGCUCAUGCUGGGCUUGCUCUGCAUCAACGUGGACAUGCAAGCCUCCCUCUUCCCUCGGGAAGGGUUUCAGUUAAAGCUUCCACCUCUAGACUGUGCAAAAGAGUGCCUGCCACUCUUCUGAGCCUGCUGCUGUGAGGGGAUGAGAGUGGGUGGGAAGGAGAAUGGACAUAGGGAUGGACCAGUCUCAUCCCCCAGCAGCAGGCUGUGCCCCUUGCUCCUGAGUAUGUUGCAAAGGGGAUAUCCCCUGCAUGGAGACUGGUGGAAUUGACUGUAGCCAUUUGUUGCCCACUGGGCCAAGCAAGGACCUUGUGUUCAGAGCCACACACAGGCUGAUUCCUUGCUCUAGACUUGUGGUGAGGCCUGGCCAUUGCCUGUGGCCAGGCUGAUGCUGACCCAGCUGGGCUCUCCCACAUAGUGCACUUUGAAUUGCCACUGGCUUUUUACCGCCAAAUAACCAGGAUGUAGAUGACGCUCUCAAGUUCAUACAGCUUUGACCUCCCUUGGUUUUUCAGAGCAUGUGUCUUGAUUCCUCUCCUUAAAUCAUCUGACAGCCCUUAGUUCUUUGUGCUACUGAAAGAUGAAGUAGCCUCUUGCCAAAA